AUGGAGACCUCAGGCGCAGACGAAGCUAGAGGGAGCGAGGCAGGACCAGGCGACACUGAAGGCGAAGACACGGAGGCCAGACCAGGCGAAACAGAGGCUAAAGCCGGACCAGGCGAAGCUAAAGACACGGAGGCCGGCCCAGGCGACGCAGAGGCUGAAGCCGGACCAGACGAGGGUGAAGACUCGGAGGCCGGACCAGACGAGGGUGAAGACUCGGAGGCCGGACCAGACGAGGGUGAAGACUCGGAGGCUGGAUGCGGCGUGAGAGCCACAGGUGGAGGCGCUGCAGGCGGCGGCGUGAGAGCCACAGGUGGAGGCGCUGCAGGCGGCGGCGUGAGAGCCACAGGUGGAGGCGCUGCAGGCGGCGGCGUGAGAGCCACAGGUGGAGGCGCUGCAGGCGGCGGCGUGAGAGCCACAGGUGGAGGCGCUGCAGGCGACGCUGAAGCUGGAACAGGCGAUGGCGUGGAUGCUGCUGCCGCUGCCGCAGGCGGCGUGGAUGAAGCUGCCGCAGGCGGGGACGCUGCAAGCGACGAUGUGGGCGCUGCAGGCGGUGAUGUAGGUGGUGGCUGA